AUGAACGAAUCACGCAAUAUUGAGGAUCUCCUCCAGACGGGCUUCUUUACCACCUCGAGGGCUAAGACUCCCAAGCCACCUAGCACCGAUGCGCCGGCUGUUCCUCCUCACAUUUCCAACACCUCCAACAUUCUGCGACCAUCCUCCAACCCGGAUCCGUUCGUCCCAAGGUCUUUCGAUCCGCCGUCGAGAAUCACUCGUCGCAAAGGCUUCCCGCCCCCGCCGAGCGUUGAAGAUGAGUCGGAAGCGCUUCUCAGGGAACACGGCAGCGUCGUGUCAGCAUCCACCGACGAUGUCCCGCCUUCACGAGGCCAUGCCGACCAGUACCCCAUUAUAAUGGAAGUCCACGAACACAAUCCCGAACGCCGAUUUGUUCUGGUCCCAAAGUCCGCGAGCGGAACAGAGGAUGAGGAAUCAGCCGAUGACGUAAAACGGCCCGCCAAGGAGCCACGCACGCCGAAAUAUGCACCAAACGGCGAUUAUGAAGCGAACACGGCAAGGAAAUAUCGUGCGCCUCCGACCGAAGAUCGAGAUGGUGCUAAACGGCCAGAUCUCGAGAAGAAGAAGAGCAGGCAGGAUCUCCCGCGCAUCGAGACCGACGUCAGGAAGGAGGAUGACCGUCCUCAAAAACACGAACGAACGAAGUCGGCGACACGCGUCGAGCAGCAGUCGUCUGACUACUUCUCACCACAGUACGACAACCGUCAAACAAGCGAAACCCUGCUUUCGCCGCAAGUGAUCAAGCAUGCGACGGGUGGUCGUGAGAAGGCCUACUAUGAUUACUCCCAAAAUAGCCGCAACGGCGCACCACGACCUCAAAGGAGUCGGUCCAAUCUUGGAGACGAUAGAAGGUUCGACGACAAUUAUGCCCGUCAAACCUCGUCCAACCCACCUACGGCCCGGCGCUCAAACACCAAUCUCGACUCUCCGCCCAAGGAGCCUAGGCACUUAUCCGGCGACAGGGUUAGUGAGUCCUCUCGUUAUCAACGCGAACGGGUGGUCCCGCGCGGCGAACGGCCGCAAAAGAAGGACCCGUCUCCACCUUAUGACCGCUCGGAUCGUGACCGCGAGAGUGGCUCGAAGCGGACACCGACUUACAAGCGUGACUCUCCCCGACGAAGAGAUGACAGUGGCUCCAGCAGCAGUGACUAUGCGCAAACGACGCCUCGAGCAGCCAAUGUUCGGCGGAGAAAGUCGAUCGUCAAUCAAGAAGACAGAGACAUACUGUUGAGCCCUGAGCAGCUCAGGCCGUCCAAAUCUGGCAGGUCUAGAUCGCGUCCUCCGCCACCAGAAGCAGUCAUGCCGUCUCCUCGAGGGUCCACCAAGUCAUUCGCCGACGAUAUCCCCCCUCCCCCUCCCCCUCGCUCUUCGCAAACAUUCCCAGUGGCGAGAGAACCAAGAGACAGCGGAGAUGUCAAAGAAAAGACUGUCCCAUAUCCCGAGGACGACCUGUUGCCUAGGACAAGCCGCCUCAGCGUGCGCGACCCAGAGCCGUCCAUUACAAGGGCGCGCUCGCGCUCUCGUGCAUCCACUUUCAACAACCCAGUGAUAAUUCCGGCGGUCAUGCCAGCCAUGCCAGCGCCUGCUGGGCCACGGAGCCCCGCCGAGAAAAGGAGGUCGCCCGAAAGAAGGCCAAACUUGAUACAGUCUGCUGUGACAGCUCCCUCUACAGAGGCAUGGCCACCAACCAAGUUCGACCCCGCGAAGAGCGCGCCGGCCAUGGACGGGCCGAGAGGUAGCUAUCGGCGGUACUCUCAUGAUACAGAUCGAGGUGGCGUGCCAGAUUUUCCCGACUGCCCUCGGAAGAAAGGUGUCGUUGGCAAGGCAGACUGGCUCAGUCUACCACGAUGCGAUAACUUCAACAUCUGCCCCGAUUGCUACAACGGGGUGUUCCUCAACACAGAAUUCCGCAAUGACUUCAUGCCCAUGCUCUUCCGUCCAAUGGACAAACCUAUCGCUUGCGACUUCGGGUCCUGUGGAUGGUAUCACAUUGCGUGGCUUUUGACGUUGAAGAAUCGCCUUACGGACUUGCGACUAUUUUACCAAGUCGCCAACGUUGCCAGUAAGGUUACCAGCGGCGCUCAUCCCUGCUCGGGAGACCGUCGAAUUACCCGCGUCUGGUACUCGAUCAAGAACCCAUUUACGCAGACUACGAUGCCGGAGUUCACUGUGUGUUAUGAGUGCGCCAAAACCAUCGAAGGACUUCUGCCCAACCUGAUUGGACUAUUUGUCACACUCCAUCCGGCGGCGCAGCCUACGAGGAACGUCUGCGCAAUGCAUUUCAACCCCGAUCGAAAGCGCUUCGUGAUGUACUUCGAUGCGCUAGAAACAACUUCAGACCUGGCACUCGCAACUACGCAGGCGCCCAACAUUGGCAAGCUUGUGACAGACAUUGAGAGUCUCUCGGUGUUUGCUGAGUGCUCCAAGGACAACCCAGUUUUUGACCAAAACUGGCACGUCAUGCAGUUCCUUCCCCAAUUCACCGUCUGUGGUGACUGCUUUGAUGAAGUGGUUGCGCCUCAGUUGAAAGACGGCAACGUCAUUGCGCGGAACUUCUACGUGAAACCUCAACGCCUCGAAGAGGCAUCAUGUCAACUGUAUUCUGACCGAAUGAGGGCUAUUUUUGAGAAGGCUUGCCGCCGUAAUGACCCCAAGUACCUAGAAGUGAAGGUGCUCGAGCGGCAAAAGUUGUUUGUGGAGACGUACAAGAGAAUGGCCAAGUUAGAGCAGGAGAGGUCACUCUGGGCGAGGGAAGAGAGCAAAAAGCUGCUUCAGGAAUGGGAAAAAUGGGAAUGA